UGAAGUAGAGCCUAAAAUCUCUGAAACUUCUGACUUAUCUGAAUUUGAUUUAGAACAAUUAUAUCAAACUUCUAUUCAAAAUCAAACAAAUACUAUUACAAACAAUACUAAUCGUCUUGAACAAAGAGAAAUCAAACUUAUUGAAAUUAUACCUUUUGCUGGUAGUAAUCAAGAUCUAAGAGUUAAUAGAGCAAAAGCCUGUAAACUUACUCGCUAUAGUGUUGCAAUAUAUAUUACUCCUAAUCUUAAUAAUAAUAUUGUUACUCCAACUCCUACAUCUUCUAAUUCUGUUGAAAUUAUAAUAGAAGCUCUUACUAAAUAUAUAAAAAAUCUUGAAAAGAAAAUUGAAAAGAAAUUAGAAAACAACAACCUAAAUGAUUCUCAAGCAGAAAGUUCUAAAUUACCUAAAGCUAAAAAGAAAAGAAAUCCUCUACAAGGUCCAAGAUUCUAUAAACUAACAAUUG